AUAUGAUGUUAAAUGAAGUAGUGUUUCAGUGUUCACUGCCUUGCAAACACUCGCAGUGAAACCUGAGAGCGUUAGACCUUGAUUAUUUCCUGACGCUGUACCUGUGUUUAACACAGAGGCCAUGGAGUCUACUUUCAUUUCAUGCAGAUGACUUUAGAUUAGAUAAUCUACUGUAUAUAAUAUAUGUGCACCGAACGAACAGCAGGUGUCUUUUAUCUGUUCAUUCUGACCUGAUGAAUUUAGAGAGCUGUUACGGGAGAAUGGAAACACAUAAUCCUCUUGAGAUCAGUGUGAUUAAUUUAAGGUCAGAUUUUAGUUUAAUUGUUGAUUUCACUGCACUAUAUAAAUCUACCCAGAUGCCGUGUGACUGAACACACAGAGCCACUUUUAACAGCCUGCUGAGCAAUGGGGACACCUGUCAAGAUUUUAGUGGUCCGAAACAACACACUCCUUCUCUUAUUCUCUGUAGUUGUGCUACUAGCUGUUGCUCAAAGCUCUUUUCUUCCACCCUGUGAGCCAGUUAAUGAGACUGUAGCUGUGGAAAAGGAGGGCUGUCCAAAAUGUCUGGUGUUUCAGACCACCAUCUGCAGCGGUCACUGCCUGACAAAGGAGCCUGUAUACAAGAGCCCGUUUUCCACUGUCUACCAACAUGUCUGCACUUACCGGGACGUGCGCUACGAGACCGUCCGCCUGCCAGACUGUCCUCCAGGGGUGGACCCUCAUAUCACCUACCCGGUGGCUCUCAGCUGCGACUGCAGCCUGUGCACCAUGGACACGUCUGACUGUACGAUUGAAAGCCUGCAGCCUGACUUUUGCAUGACUCAGAGAGAGGAUUUCCUUGUCUACUAG